AUGUCGAACUACUACAUGUAUGCCCAAGGGCAGCACUAUCAACAACCACAGCAAUCUCAGGCAACAAUGAUCCGGCCAACCAAGCCGGAGGAUUGGGAACCAUACCGCGAGAUUAUCGCAGAGAUGUACAACACGCUUAAUAUGAGGCUCAAGGACGUCAUGACGCAGAUGCAAAUCGCGUACAACUUCAAGGCAACAGAGAAGCAAUACAAAACUCAGCUCAAGAAGUGGAACCUUGACACCAAGUACAUCAAGGCCUCAGAGUACCUCUAUAUGAUUAAGACUCUUCGGGAACGGAAGGCCAUUGAUCCCAACAAAGAAACCCGGUUCAUUCUACGAGGGAAAGUCGUCGAUCCGAAAGACAUUGCCAGAUUUGAGAAGAGGGCUAUCAAGAAGGGGUUGCUGAAAGAAGGCGAGCCGAUCCAUGUCGACGACGAGCCCAUUGAGGAAAUUACUUGCUGCACUCCUCCUCCUGAGGGCAUGGACUCAUAUCCUGUUUGGCAAACUGGCGACUAUGACGGAUACGAUCCUUCUUCAGAGUAUCCAUACAGCUACUAA